UCGCCGGCGAAAUCGGAAUGGACAAUGUGCUGGACAAUAUCGCCAAUUCGCUGUUCAAUGGACUGUUGCCAAGCGAUUGGCGCAAACUGGCGCCGGACACAUGCAAGCAGCUCGGCAGCUGGAUGGAACAUUUGCAGAAUCGUUCUACACAAUUCAAGUAUUGGGCCAUGUCAGGUGAACCGUUGGUGAUCUGGUUGUCUGGUCUACAUAUUCCGCAAAGUUAUCUAACCGCUUUGGUGCAGAUGGCAUGUCGUAAAAACGGUUGGCCGCUAGACAGAUCCACCUUAUAUACCUGCGUCACCAGCUACUUAGAUCCUGAUGAUGUGGAGGAGCGGCCAGCAACGGGCUGCUAUAUUCAAGGUCUGUUCCUGGAGGGCGCACGUUGGGACAUGGAUAUUAUGCAACUCGCACGCUCACAUCCUAAAAUAUUGGUGGAAGAACUUCCUAUUCUGUCUGUGGUACCGAUAGAAGUGCACCGCCUCAAAUUACAGAAUACUUUCCGCGCACCUGUUUACACCACUUCACUGCGUCGAAAUGCUAUGGGUGUGGGACUGGUUUUCGAAGCUGACCUGGCCACCACAGAGGACAUCAGCCACUGGGUAUUGCAAGGUGUUUGUCUCACCCUCAAUCGAGAUUGAAGAUUUUCAUAUAUUGUUAUUAUAGUAUUUUCUGUUUUGUUUUCUGUCCAACUUUUAAACUUACUAUUUAUGUAAUACGUGUGCGACGUGAAUUUCCUAGAUUUGUGUGCAGUUAUUCAUGACUUUCUUUUAGUUCAAUAAAUAUA